UCGUGACACCCACACAACCCGGAAGUGAGGUGGAUGAUCACAAACCGGUUCUCAGGUCUGGUAUCUGAUCUAUAUGAGUCACAAUCACGUACAACACGGCAGUUUAGCAGCCCGGUUCGGAAUUCCUCGUCCACUUUGUGAUCUAAUGUCAUAGACUACAGUGUGUGGAAGGCUUUAACGAACACGAGGAAAGGAUCACGGGACUGUCAAAGUUCCAGUAACCCACAGCACAACCAAAAGACAGAAGAAGCACUAAGAAGGAACCAAGAUGUCUCUGGGACCAGGCUGGACCGGGUACCAGUGGUUUCUGGCUCUCAUGAUGUUGGUAACAGGAUCCAUCAACACGCUCACAACCAAAUUUGCAGAUCUUCAGGAGGCCCCUGGGAAACCUGGAACACCAGUUCACGACUUCGACCACCCCUUUCUGCAGGCUUCUGGCAUGUUUAUUGGAGAGUUUUCCUGUCUGGUGGUGUUUAAGAUCUGGGUGUUGUACCACCGCUGCGCCAAAAAAUCCGUGGACGUCGGGAACCAGAAGUUCAACCCACUGGUGUUCCUGGCUCCUGCACUGUGUGACAUGACAGGCACUUCCCUGAUGUACAUCGGACUGACCCUGACGUACGCGUCGAGCUUCCAAAUGCUGCGCGGUGCCGUCAUCAUCUUCACCGGGCUGCUGUCUGUGGCGUUCCUCGGGAGGAAGCUUGACUGGCAUCACUGGUGUGGGAUCUUCUUCGUUCUGAUUGGUCUGAUCCUGGUGGGCGUGUCUGACUUCAUCUUUAAGACUCCGGAGACUGGUGUCAGCACAAACGGGGUCAUCACAGGUGAUUUGCUGAUCCUGAUGGCCCAGGUCAUUGCUGCUAUCCAGAUGGUGGUGGAGGAAAAGUUUGUCUCAGGACAAAACAUCCCACCAAUGCAGGGGGUGGGCUGGGAAGGAUUUUUUGGUUUCACCGUGCUGACCACUCUCCUGUUCCCGUUCUACUUCAUCAAAGUCGGCCCUCCCUUCGGCGCCAAUCCUCGCGGUGUGUUCGAAGACGCGUUGGACGGCCUGUGGCAGAUAAGCAACAACAGAAAUAUUGCCCUGGGUGUUUUUGGAACCAUCAUCAGCAUUGCCUUCUUCAAUUUUGCAGGCCUUAGCGUUACCAAGGAGAUGAGUGCCACGACGAGGAUGGUAUUGGACAGUGUCCGUACUCUCGUUAUCUGGGUGUUUAGUCUCGCUGUAGGGUGGGAAGACUUUCAGUAUCUCCAAGCGAUUGGUUUUGUCAUCCUCCUAUCGGGAACGGCAGUGUACAACGACAUGUUGUUUGUUCCGCUCCUGCGUCGUUUUGGUAUCCUAGGCCCCGCGCACCAGGUCAGUCUUGAUGAAAAGAGGCCCCUCAUUCAAGAUAACGACGUUGAGCCAAAUUAUCCGUAACAAUUCAGGCACAUUUCUUAACAAGUCAAGACAUAUUUUUAAUAAUGAUUUAUUGGCAGAUUGCCACAAACCCCCAACACUGGUGCAAUAAAGGGAGUUU